AUGUAUCUCCGCAGGGCUGUGUCCAAGACUCUGGCGCUGCCCCGGAGGGCGCCCCCAGGUCCCGCGCCGCUGGGGAAGGACGCAUCUCUUCGCCGAAUGUCAUCCAGGAAAUUCCCUGGAACAUCUGGCUCCAAUAUGAUCUAUUACCUGGUUGUAGGUGUGACAGUCAGUGCUGGUGGAUAUUACACUUACAAGGCUUUAACAUCAAAGCAAGGGAGACAUACAGAACAUGUAGCUGAAACGAAAGAACAAACAAAGGCGGAGUUGCAACCACUUCCAGGUGAAAAGGAAGAGCAUGUGGUAGAAGCCGAGCAAGUGUGUUCAGAGCCUGGAGAAGCUGCUGUAACGGAAGCUGAAUCCGUAGAUGCUGAGGAAGUCCCAGAGGCUGCUGCUGUGCUUCCAGGAGAGUCUCAGGCCUCCGUCUCCGAGGUCCCUGCAGAAGCUGCCCUGGUGGAGGCAUCCCUAUCGAGCUCAGAGCCUGAGCUGAAGAUAACCGAGGCUUCCCUGGUGGAGACCACCGAGGGUGUCCCUGAGUCUACUCCGGAGGUGGAGAGUGCAGCCCCAGACCAGGCUGAUACUAGCCAGGAGGGGGCUGAUACCAGCCAGGAGGGCGCUGAUACCACCAAGGAGGAGGCUGAUACCAGCCAGGAGGGCGCUGAUACCACCAAGGAGGAGGCUGAUACCAGCAAGGAGGCUGAAGGUACCACUACUGAGGACCCGCGCUCGAUCUCCGAGGAGAGUGCCGAACUAGAAGAAAGCCCUCCCUUAGGCUCAGAACCCCCUGCCCAGCCUGAGUCACAAGAGGAAACCCAGGUCACAGAGGAAACAGCAUCACCCCAAGGCUGAUCUGCAAAAUUCUAUAGUUGCUUUUGUAUUUUUUGUGACCUUAGCCCUUCUUCCUAGAAUAUUUUAAUUAUACCUUAAAGAAUUUAACUUUACUAAUAGAUAUUUGAUUGGGAGUUGGUAUUUUACAAGUCUUAAUAGUUUUCCCACCCUCUAAAAUCAGGCUGUGUUAAGACCUUAAAUAGUGGGCUGGAGAGAUGGC